AUGCUUAAAUGCCCACCACCUUACAACGUGCGACUCCUCCGGCACGAGAAACACCUCCUGGAAACGGAACGGAGGACGCUCGAGACAUUACACGAGUACACACAAAUACCUGUCCCUCAACUCAUCAAGUAUGAUGGUCACGGCGGACCGCUCAGCACACCAUUUCUCAUGAUGAGCCACAUAGCCGGUCGCAAGCUUUCGGAAUUUGCGCCGUAUCUUACAGCCAGCGAACGAAGUUCCAUCGACCAAACACUGGGUGUUUAUGUCCGCGCUCUCACUACGCUGUCAGCAACCCAAUUCGGCAUGACACACCGAGUCUUCGCCAAAAAGGGCAGCAAUUCCUGGCGCGAGGCCUUCCUCGCUCUCCUCGAAGCAACAAUCCGCGACGCGGAAGAUAUGCUCGUCAACGCACACUCUGAAAGCAUACGAUUCUGGGUCGGCAAGCACGCGCAAUGCCUAGAAGAUGUCAUUGAGCCGCGUCUUGUGGCCUUGAACGUAUGCGACCCCGAAAACGUGCUUAUCGACGAGCGUACUAAGCAGGUCGCUGGUCUGGUUGGUUUCUCAAACGUCAUCUGGGGCGAUCCGCUGAUGAGCGGCGGUAUGGCGGAUGGCAACGAAGCGUUCUUCGCCGGCUUAGGGGACUACCCGGUCAAGACUGCGAGUGCGAGGACCAGAAUGCUCAUGUACAAAACUUACAGAGCAACAGUGCGAAUUGUCGCACACCACUACCGGCCGCAUGACGGCAUCGAUGAACUUGGUGCGAGGCGAGAGUUGAGCUAUGCGCUCAACGACCUUGCAGCCAUCUAG